GGUCCUGCCGCGGGUCCUUCCGGGGGUGACUUUCAGCCGGCGGUUCGGGGAGACGAACUUGCCACCUUAGACCAUGGCCAAGUUAGUUCGCAACUUCGUGGAGAAGGCUCCAGUGCUGUUGAACGCUGCCGUGACUUACUCGAAGCCUCGCUUGGCCACAUUUUGGGAGUAUGCCAAAGUUGAGCUUGUUCCCCCUACCCCUGCUGAAAUCCCUACAGCUAUUCGGAGCUUGAAAAAUAUCAUUCAAAGUGCUAAAACUGGUAGCUUCAAACAGCUUACAGUUAAGGAAGCUAUGCUGAAUGGUUUGGUGGCCACUGAGGUGUGGAUGUGGUUUUAUGUCGGAGAGAUCAUAGGCAAACGUGGCAUCAUUGGCUAUGAUGUUUGAAGACCAAUCUUUAACAUCUCAUUUUAUUUGAGAGUUAUUAUUUGAAUGUUCUUGGACCAUGUGUAAUGAGACUGCUAUCAGAAUAAAAUACUAGCUGUCGAAUAA